GCAGCAUCACCUACGCCGAUGCGGCGGCGGAGCUUUCGCCGCGCUCCGACGGCUCCGCCGCAUCCCUUCCGCUGCCGCAGCGGCGCCCCCGGCGACCUGGAGGCGUCCCUGCCCUCCUCCGCGGCUCUACUCCACCGCCGAGUUUGAACUGCCGCAAGAAGAGCAGAGCACUCUGGAAAUCUCGUUUCAGCCCUCUUUUUUUUGCAUCAGAGAUGAGCCAGCAACUGCCUGCGAACCUGGUGGCGAUGAUGGAGCAGAGAAUGAAGUUGAUCGAGCAGAGGAGUGCGUAUCUACAGGAGCAAAUCAACCAGGUAAUUUCGGAUUGGCGAGCUCGUCUUUAAUGAUUCAGAACAGCCAGCUGCCUUGCCCGAAGAGUACUCUAGGGCUAACAAGGAGUUCCGCAAGCUGGAGAGCACCAUGGAGUUGAUCAAUGGGCUGAGGUCGAAACGGGAGGAAAUCGAAGGUUUGAAAUCUUUGGUAACAAAUUCCCGUGAAGAGAAAGACAUGCGCGAGAUGGCAGCAGAAGAGCUACUUGAGGCUGUCGAGGAGGAGAAACAAUUGCAGCAUGAACUGUUUAGAGCUUUGCUUCCCAAAGAUGAAGCAGAUGAGAGGGAUUGCAUACUGGAGGUGCGUGCAGGAACUGGAGGAGAAGAGGCAUCUUUGUUUGCAAUGGAUAUAUUCAGAAUGUACGAAAAGUAUGCCCAGAAGAACGGGUGGAAAUUUGAUGUCAUUGACAUAAUGGAGUCUGCUGUUAAAGGAUACAAGGAAGCUAGUGGAACAAUAUCAGGUCCUGGGGCAUUUGGCAAACUGAAGUUUGAGAGCGGCAUUCAUAGAGUUCAGCGAGUGCCAGUGACCGAAAAAUCUGGACGGGUGCACACUAGUGCUGUAUCAGUUGCUGUUCUUCCUCAAGCUGAUGAGGUUGAUGUCCAACUGCGGAAUGAGGACCUGAGAAUUGAUACCUACAGAUCAGGUGGCUCUGGAGGUCAGUCUGUUAAUACAACUGACAGCGCAGUUAGGAUAACUCAUAUUCCAACCGGAACAGUGGUUGCAAUUCAAGACGAGAGAUCACAGCACAUGAACAAGGCCAAAGCUCUCAAAGUUCUCCGAGCACGAUUGUAUGAAAUCGAAAGGCAAAGACUCCACAUGGACCGAUCAAAGCUUCGAUCAGAGCAGAUUGGAAGUGGUGACAGGUCUGAGCGAAUCAGAACAUACAACUUUCCUCAGGGCCGUGUCACAGAUCAUCGUGUUGGAAUCACUCACCACUCCAUAGCAGAUGUCAUGGAAGGGGAGAACCUGGAUGUAUUCAUCGAUGCACUCCUGCUCCAAGAAGAGAUGGAUGCAAUUGCUUCAUUCGCAGCAUAACCACUAAAGUGAUGAACCCUUAGAGCAAUGAACCAUGUCAUGAACACAACAGAGGAGACUGAUGAACAAUACAUAACACUGAACUGGCAAAGUCAAGAUGAACUUCCGGAUUUGCUUUUGGCCUGUUUUUCCUGCAUCGGAAUAUGUAACUUUACAUGUGCAGAAUUUUGGUUUCGGUAGUAGCAUAUUGAUGUGUCAGGUGCUA